AUGGCAUUAUUAGAAACCUACGAAACGAUUUCAUCUCUUAUCCCAACCAAAUUUCAAAGUUUUGCAAGUUGCAAACCAUCGUUUAACCGAUUCCGACCGCAAAGAUUACUCUCGGCCCUAGCGAUUUUACCAUAUUACGCAACAACGGCAAUCCCGACAACGAUAUUCACAUUUACGAUUCUUUACGUUCCAAUGAUUU